AUGGCCUCUCCUGAGGCACUGGAGCUCCGCGACACCGCGGGUGUGCGUGUAUCAGGCCUCUCCCGUUGGGGAGAAACCUUGCGGGCCGCCGACUUGAGGGCCGGCGGGCUCUGUUUGGUAGGUGGCAGGACAGCUUGUGCUGUCUCUGCCUGGGGCGUGGGUGGCUCUGCCGGAGGCUCGGUAACCGUGGCCUCAGCAGGUGCCGAAGGAGGGGCACGACCGCCAACGCCCCUGCGGGGGUCAAAAACCGAGGCGCUACUACUUCACCCCCGUGCGAGCCGUGCACGCUUCGAAGUGCCAACUCUCUCGCUACGCGGAAGCCCGCUCUCGUGGCAGAGAAAAGGCCGAUACCUCGGCCUCCACAUCGACUGCCGCCUCAACGUUAACGCGGCCACCACACAACUCUGCAGGGCCUCCAGGAAAGUCGCAGGCGCCGCACGCUCCCUGCUUGCCCGAGGCCGCGGCUGCACACCGCAUCUUGCGCUCCGAGUUUACAACUCGAUCGCAACAUCGCGAGCGCUCUACACGCUCCCACUCACCAACGCCAGUGCAGCCAACUGGAAGGCCGUUGACUUCGAGCACCGCACCGCAGUUCGCCAAAUGUACGCGCUUCCCCGCUUCUCGCAAGUGGGGGCAACAAUCGCCGAAGCGGGAACUUGGCCGCCCUCACUUCGCGCGCGGAAACAAGCGCUUCACCACAGAGAGCGUCUGCAAAGGUCGCCACAGGUUCAGCGUCUGGUGUGCCGCCUCCACACCGUCGAGGGCUCGGGCAUAGGCCAGCGUGCCACCGAGUUCAGCACGCGCAUCGCCUCUUUGCCUCAACUCCUCCCCCUGCCGCCUUCGCCGCACGCCUCCGCGCUCCUCGACGUAAACAUUACCGUCCCAGGCGUCAAGAGCAAGCGACAAACAGCACUGUGUGCCAUGCAACAGGAGACGGCUGCAUUGAUCUUCGAACAUCUACGUGACCGACUCCUAGUGUACACUGACGGAUCCGUGUCCACUGACGGUGCCGCCGCUGCCGCGUGCACGGCACCGGACAUUUCUGCGUCUCGAAAGUGCCGCCUUCGUUUUCCUGCCUCGUCGACAGUCGCCGAAGUCGCGGCGAUUGACCUCGCGGCUGACCUACUUCUUCAGCAGUGCGGUGUCUCAUCUGCCGCGAUACUGUCGGACUCGCGUGCGGCUUUGUGCAUGCUGAGGAAGGACUAUGCCGGUCUUCUGCUUGUGCAGCGCGUGGGAUCCAAACUGCGCUAUCUCGUAAAUCAGGGCUGCGAUUUGGCAUUGCAGUGGGUCCCCGCGCACAUCGGCCUGCCCGGGAACGAAGCGGCCGACGCCCUCGCGAAGCAAGCUCUUUUGCCUCGCUUCCCCCUCGCCAGCUCUGUCAUCCGUUUCGACGUGGCCAAGACGGCGAUACUGCGCAUCCUCCGCGCGCAGCACCCGGAUCCGCGCGUUGCUGCAGGUACGCCCUCUCGCCUCCUCCCCCGCGCGGGUCUCUCCCGCUGGGACCGCUCAUUUCUCCUUCGGCUGCGCAUCGGCUGCUACAACACGGCCGCGAGAAGGCACAGACGAGGCAGCCCCGCGUGCUUGGAUUGCGGCGAGGAGGAGACGCUUGAGAACCUUCUGCUCCGCUGCCGGGCCUUCGAUGUUGAGCGCACUGCGCUAUUUGCAUCAUACCGUCGUGUGGGACUGCCCUGCGACUCGGAGGGAGCACUUCUCUUUCCGGCAGCCCACCCUUCCAUUGUCAAGAAAGUGCUUCCUGCCCUACUUGACUUUUGUCGUGAAACGCAGCUGAGCGCGGCUGUGGACUCUGAGGAGCCAGAAACAGAUGUUGCCUCCAUUUUCGAGAACGCUCCAGCUUACAAGCGCGCAGAACAGGCAAAUCUGCAAAAUGUUUUUGUUGCGAGUGGCCACUGCCUCGGCUUCAUUCGGACUCGGCGGAAUGGGCCUGCCCAUUCCGCCGAGGCGCUCGGAGGCGGAAUGGGCAGGUCCAUUCAGGCCCUUUGGAUGUGCUCGGAGCGCCUCGGCACCUCGGUGCUUUGGAUGUGCUUGGAGCGCCUUGGCGGAAUGGGCAGGCCCUUUCCGAGCGCCAGGAACCGUCGCCAAAAAUUGUCAUCGGCAUCCGCCGAAGCGUGCGUCGGUCCAGAGCAGGGAAACCUGAGGGAGGGCGACCGCUGCUUCCCUUCCUGUGAUGAACGGGGACUGCUGGGUUGA